GAAUCACACAUCGUCCAAGCACACGGCGACGCACUUAGCUAUAUCCUACCUAGAAACACCUACACGAGCGGUAAGGUAGCCAGGCCGGUAACCAUGGCGCCCAAGGCCGCCGUGCUCCACCUCGUGCUCGUGCCCUUGCUCUCCCUGCUGCUUCUUCCCUUCUCCUCCCUCGCUCUGGCCGAGGACUUCUGCGUCGCCAACCUGCUCCUCCCAAACACGCCGUCCGGCUACCCGUGCAAGCCCAAGGCUCUCGUCAACGCCAACGACUUCUACACCGACGACCUCUCCAGAUCCGGCCCGGUCUUCUCCCCCUUCAACACUGGCUUGGCCCCGGCCAACGUCAAGCAGGUCCCGGGCCUGAACGGGCUCGGCAUCAGCGCCACGCGCGUCGACAUCGGCGUCGGCGGAGUCGUGCCCCUCCACACCCACCCGGAAGGCUCCGAGCUCAUCUUCGUCGUCGAGGGAACCAUCUCCGUCGGCUUCAUCAGCGCCGAGACCAACACGGCCUACACCAAGACGCUGAACAAGGGCGACCUCUUCGUGUUCCCGCAGGGCCUGCUGCACUUCCAGAUCAACAUCGGCAACACGACCGCCGUCGCGAUCAACGCGUACAGCAGCUCCAACCCAGGCCUGCAGAUCACCCCAUACGCGCUCUUCGGCGACACCCUGCGGGCGGACGUCGUGAGCAAGGUCACCUUCAUCAAUGAGGCGGAGGUCAGAAAGGAGAAGGCCGAGUUCGGCAUCCGUGCCGUACCGUCGUAAACAAGCUAGGCCACCUUCAUCAUCAGUAUCGUCGUGGAGAUCUUGAAUAAUUUGCAUGCGUGCAUGCAGUACCCAAGUCAUGUUGAACGUAUGUUCGUUUUCGUCACAGUAUUUCCCAACAAGUUAUUCUGUCUAGUGUUGUUGUGUGCUUCAGUUGAAAUGGUCGAUAUAUAAUUGUAAUCUGUGUAUGAUUGUUUUGUGCUAUUGUAUUGACAAAACUAAACCAGCACAGCACAGCACAUUCAGAUUCAAAAUGUCCUACAUUUACCA